AUGAAUUCAAGCGUCCUACGAGGCGGGCAUCCCGCUCUCACUCUUUCACUGUCGAAACUACUAAAUGUAGCCCUCUCUUCUACUUCAAAAGCUUCAUGCCUCGCACCUCUCGCCUGUGGAACUCCCUUCCCUAUUCCAUAUCUAUCAAAGGGUCGGAAAUUUUUUAUUUUUUUGCUUUCUUUUUUUUUAUUAAUUUUCGCUUUCAAUAAAACCUUUAUUCAAAAAUUCUUUCAUUUCUUUCUUUCUUUCUUUCUUUCUUUCUUUCUUUUUUCUGCCAUUCAUUCAUUUAUUCCUUUCUUUCUUUCAUUUCAUUUCAUUUCACUUCGUUUUACUUUAAAUUUACUCGAAAUUUCUCUCUUCUUUCAUUAUUCAGUUUCGAUUUCCCUUAGUUUAGAAGAUUUUUCUCCAUUUUUCUGUUUUUCUUUGACGUUUUCUCUUUUAAUGCAUUUAUUUCAUUUUGAAACUUCAUUAUUUCUUGAAUUCUUUUCGAAAAACAAUUUAGCUUUCUUUUUUUUUAUUUCUUUCUCUUUUUUCUUUCUCGAUAUUCACUCUUUCUUUUUUGCUUAUUAUGAUUUUUUUUCCGACACACGUUUUUUCUUUCUGUUUUUCUUCCUAAUUUCGCAGUUUCUUUCUUUUCCUUUUCCAUUUAUUUUUUCCUUUCUUUUUUUUUCUUCAUCUCACCAUCGAUGUCCAUCAUUUUUAUCUGCUUUCCUUUCUUCUUUCGUUUCAGGAUUUCUUUUUCAGUUGUCUUUCUAUUUGUGCCACACAGUAAAGCUUUCUUUACGCAGACGCAGAGACAAACGCGCGCACGCGCACACAUAUUGA